AUGUCCUGGCUUCCAAAGUCGCGGCGUGUCACGCUGCUCGUCGCGGUUCUUGUGGUUUUUGGAUUGUACACGUUCAGCAGCAGUUGGCAGAGCGCGCCCUCAGAUGCCGUUCCGGUUCCAGCGACAGUUCCACAUGCAGUGAAGACCAACCCCACUGUACCGGGAGACUGGACCUUCAUCGCGAACCGAGAUCGCAAUAACCACUCUUUGACCUCCGACCAAUGCUUCCAAGCAUUUCCCGACCUCUACAAGGAAAUCGAUCGAUCCCGCGCCUUCUGGAAAGCGCGCCAGGGUGACCAGAAACUCACAGAAGAGCAAUGGGGCUUGAAGUGGAGCAAAGAUGGAGGACUGAGAGUUAUGAUUUGGGAGGGCCAGGUAUACAUUAUUGAGUCGCGCGGGCUCAAUCAUUUCAGACAUUGGAGAGAACGGUCGCAUGCGACACUCCACAAUCUUCAAAGAGCAGUGAUUGGAGCGAGGGAGCCGGUCCCCAACAUUGAGUUCUCCAUUAAGAUCAAUGAUAAUAUCGAGUUGACAGAGGAGCAUCCAAACUCGACGGUUUGGAACUUCAACCGCAAUAUCUAUGACAAGGCUAUGGAGCAGGUGUGGCUGAUACCUGAUUUCAACUUCUGGAGCUAUCCACGAGUGGCUCCUUCGUAUGGGGAUUAUCAACGGAUAGCGAUGGAGGUCGGGUCAGACUACAACGCGAAGAAGCCCAAGCUCGUCUGGCGUGGCACGACGGACUUCAACCCAGAGAUCCGGCUCAAGCUGAUUGAGCAGAGCGAAGGCAAGGCUUGGUCAGAUGUGCAUAGAGUGGCGGAAGAUGUCAACGACGAAGAGGCCACGAAGUACAGGAUCACCAUGCCGGAUCACUGCAAGUACAAAUUCGCUGUACACACGGAGGGCACCACCUGGUCGGGUAGGCUGAAGUACCUGCUCAGCUGCCACUCCACCAUUCUCAUUCACCCCUUGACGUACGUCACUCAUCUAUACCACCUCCUCGAGGCCGACGGCCCCAACCAAAACUACGUCCUCGUGGACAAGGAGUGGAAGGAGCUGCCAGCCACGAUGGACACGUUGCUCGCGGACAACAGCAAAGCUAAGAAGAUUGCCGACAAUGCAGCAGCGAAGUUCCGAGAUCAAUACUUCACACCUGCAGCGCAGACCUGCUACUUCAGGCAGCUGUUCAAGGUCUGGUCAGAGAUGACCCCGGUGCCUGAGCCGUAUGAGUACAAAACUCAUGCAGACGGCACGAAGACUAAGGAGUGGCGUGGCAUGACUUAUGAGGAAUAUGUGUUCUGGGACAAGGGCUACAACGACGACUGA